UAAUGUUCAAGGCUUUCGGUUCAGCCAUCAAAGAAUGACUCGCAGUUGAAAUAUUUUUUGAUUAGUCGUGUUUUCUACCCAUUGUGUUCCGCAUUUCUAUCUUCCAUCAUAAAAAUCAGUACAGAUAGAUAGAGAGAGAGAGUUAACGGGUGUUUGGUCCUUGGGUAGUUCGUUCAGAGCUUCUGUACGUGAAUGGCUGUGACGCCUUUCUUCAGUUUACGCAACUUAGUCCUGAACAAGUGCAAUAAUUUUUUACUUCCUGGAUCAUCCCGAGAUAAGUGCUACAAGUUUUUGCUCGAUGGCUACUUUGUCGGAUUCAUCCACCCAAUGUUUUUGGAUUGGUUAUUGAAAUAUGCAAAUGUUUUUGUGAAGAUUUCUCAUCCGCAACACGGUGAUCAUUGUAUUACAGUGCAUCAGGCCAUGAUAAAUGUGAAUGACCGCAGCAAUGCAGUGGCAGAAGUGAUGCAAGAUUUGCGGACCACAAGUCCUUUCAAGGCUCUAAAAGGAUGGAGAAACGAGGACUAUGGCGUUUACGUUCAUAACCGUGAAAAAGUAUUAUUAAAAAUUGAACGUUCAGCAUCGAGUCUUCUGGGUAUUACACGAUAUGGUGUACAUGUAAAUGGUUUUUUCUCAAAUCGAUACAACUACUCUAGAAAGUCUGAUCGAAUCGUUAAUGGCAGCUCACGUAAUUCCAACGAUUCUAAUUCACUCGCUCAAAUUGGUCCGGACAAUGUUUUUAUGUGGCUCGGUUUACGAUCAAUAAACAAACCUACCUCUCCUGGAAUGCUCGAUAAUAUGGCUGCUGGAGGUUUAACAUAUGGUCUAGAUGUAAUGGAAUGUGCUCGUAAAGAGUGUCAAGAGGAAGCAAGUGUACCAGAGCAUAUGCUUGGUAAACUAACCCUUGUAAAUCAAAUCAGUUAUAUUUUUGAAGAUGAGCGCGGUGUUUGCCCACAAAUUGAAUAUUGUUUCGAUCUGGAAUUACCGCCAGAUUUUAUCCCUGUUAGCUCUGAUGGUGAAGUGGAUAGUUUUCGAUUAGCCAGUAUAUCAGAGAUCAAACAAUUAAUAUUUGACGAACACUUCAAAUCAAAUUCUGCUAUGGUUGCCUUGGAUUUUUUGUACAGACAUAAAUUUAUCGAUAAAGACUCAGAGGCAAAUUAUUCCACAAUUAAUUGUAUAUGAAAUCAAAAUGACGGUCAACCUCACAUUUUGUUUUAAUAUAAACAUUAAUUUAUAAACAACACAGUUAAGUAGAAUGUGUAAAUACAUUGUCUUGAUUAUGUAAUCAACUUGUUGUACAAUAAUUAAUUGAAUGUCGUCAACAAUUAUAACAUUGAUUUUAUCGUUUACUUUCAUUAUUAACAUUAUUUCUGCUACAAUUUAUUCAUGCUUUAUAAAUACUAUAGUUUUGCAAUCUUUUCACUUUCUUAACGUUAUAUUGUCAUUGGAUUACUAAGGUGAACAGUUUCUUUUUCUCCAUAUAGUUAUUAUCUCAUAACUGUACAUUGUGAUUAUGAUUUAUAGCUUCUGAUGUCCUAGUUAUUCAUUUCUAAAAUACGGGAAAGCUUUUUUGUUACGUGUGCUAUUUUACCAACUAAUUUGACAGUGUCAAAUGAAACGAACAGUUUUACAUUGAGUUUAUGGGGGGGAAUCCAGUUGCAAUAUGAAUUUUUGGCUUCAAAUGUCUGUUUAAUACGCACAACAAAAUUCAAACUGUAUUUUUGGUUAUAAUAUGCAUAGUCGUUUAUGGAUUUAAUGUUAAAGUAUUUCAAUAGGAAGAAUGUGUUGUGGAUAUAUCAAGAAUUCAAAUCUUUUGCUUGAUAAUGAAUUGUAUGUAGAUGGUUUGCAGUUUGCGCUGUAAAGGCUUUAUCAUGAAAUAAUUAUAUUAUCCAUCCAGACAAUAUCAGAAACAUUAUGAACUACGGAUAAUAAAGUAUGAAUGCAUUUGUUCUACUGUAACCGACUUUAAUCCAACUUACUUAGGUGUUUGACCAUUUACCAGUAAUAAAGCGGUCACUAUUGCCAUGAAGUAUGGAGUUCACAGUACGACGCAUCAGUAUUUAGUGAUUUCCUAGGCUGAUGUCACGUAUUGGUUUUGCCACCGCGAUCUUUCAAGUUACUCAUACUUCGACGAACAUUGAUAGCCAGUAUUCUGCUAUACGUAAAGUAUUCCAACAGCCACAUUCGAUAAAAAUUCAUAUCCCCGUCAACAGUCUACUAUUAUUGGCUUUUACUAUACACUAUCCUCAGCACUAUGCACUGGUAAGACUUUAAAGAUAUCUGUGAUCAAAUACUGGUUAUCUACAAAUAUCCUCUUCCAUCAAAAAUAGUGUUGCACAACCUUAGAGGGAUUCUGCGUUAACUUUCUGGUUACACGCCUUUCAAUAGGCAGAAAUAUAUCGUACAUGCUUUACGAGUGUUGCGGUUUUUCUAUGACAAAAGUUCCUAAUUUCAUCAACCACUAUGAUGAGGUUUCCAACACAAAGUCGGUCCAAUGAUUUACUGAAAUGUACUUGGAUUCCCUAAACUUUUAUUUUAGAUUAAUGACACUCAUCACUUGUUUUUAUAAUAGAUCAUAUCAAAUUAUCUUAUCUUUGACAUUUCUAUCUUUGAGUUGAGCUCUAGAAUUUUCUAUAUUAAUGAGAUUUCUACGUUUUAUUGGAUGAAGAAAUUUAUAUGCUCUUACGGGAGCGUUAUUAUAUUUCAGUUAUGUGCUCCAAAACGAGCAUGUUUUUUCAUCAUACUAGCGUGGUAUGUUUGUGGUCGCCAUUCUGUUUGUGUUUUCAUUUCAGAAAACGUCUCUUUCUGUACUUUAAGUUUAUCCUCUUCAACAGUUAUCUGACAAUAAAUGUAGCAGAUGGUUACUGUUUUGGAAUUCUCUGAGUUGGAGCCUCUAAUGAGCGAUCUAUUCGUUUUUCAACUUGACUAGGCCUACCUAUUUAUACGCCAAAAUCUCUCGCCAUAAUUACUUAACCAGCGUCCCUUACCUUUUAAUUAGUGUUAGAAAGCUUUCUAUAGAACUUUCUCUUGUCUUUAAUCAGUGAAAAUUAUGCAUGUUCUUAGGAUUUUAAGUACACAAUCGAGGGUUCCGAUUUUGCUUUUUAAUCUAAUGCUACGCUUAUACAUGUGAGGCGACGACAAAUCAUUAAAAAAUCUCCAGAUACACCAAGAAGGAAUCUGGGUGAUCUAGAUGAGAUGAUACAAGUCAUAAACCUUGGAUUCUGUGUACUGAAUCUCGACACAGUACAAAUCAACAACAUAAAAUUUUAAUCUUAGCCACUGAUACCUGGUUCGACAAAGGGUUCGGACAUUUAAAACUUCAUCAUAUGGUUCGGAACACAUCUUUAGGCUACCGAUAUAUUUUUUGAGAUUGAAUUGUUAGCACCAGUAGCCCACGCAAAAAUGAAGGAGUCAGCAAAAACCUAUUGAUAAUAGGAAUGGAAAAAAUGUAAAGAACUAAUGAAAGGUUUUUACUAUAACUAAGAGUAAAUCGAGAAUUGUUAGGUGUGUUUAAGCGAACCAAACGUUUUGUGAAAGUAUAAUUUUCGUUUAUGGACCUGGAAAUGAACUAGGCUGGUUAUUAGUGAAUGGUCAAUCCAGGAACGUGACCGCUUAGCUGAAGAAAUAUCUGGCCGUAUUUGGUGGUAUACUACCAUUUAGUAGUUCGGUUUUCAUAUAUAGGCUCCAUACUUUGCAGGCCUCAUCAGGCACUAGAAAACUGCAUUAGGAUAAGAUAUACUCCCAGGAUUGACCUUUUCCAACACCACGUUGUGGGCAGGAAACAUCUCCGUAAAUGAUUAUCUCUAGCAAACACCUUGUUGCUUUCAAAUCCUCCUGAGUAACCUCAAGGAACAAGCGCUUCACCCAUUAUAGUUAGGUCGUGUUGUCCCAAUAGUUAAGCUCAAUCACUGUAAUAACCAUCAUUGGAAUCAGUACAACAAGUGUAUUUCAUUUUCCUUCUUGGAGACAUCCUAGUGAAUAUUUGAGUUCCCAUUUUCUCUGUAACCCCUAAAUUCAUUGAUUCAAACUGCUUAGUAUUAUUCCUUUAAUGAAAUCAUCAAUGAAAACUAAUUUUUCAACAAUUUAUCCUUCUAUUAUUUUAAACAGACACAAGUGUAAUAACAUUGUCUCUAAUAGCAACCAUAAAUUAUGAUUGCAAUAAAUCUUUCUCUUGCUUCUCAAUAAAAUGUGAAUACAUAUAAUAUCCCACUACUAACGUGUAUCAAUAUUAAAAAGGUAGAAAUUUAACCUAGUUAGGAUAAAAACCUUGUUACUUUCAAUUUUUUAUAAUGGAAGUAAGAAAAUAAUUAACAUACAAUGUCGAUAACUAUCAGCUCGUCAUAGUAACCGCUUGGUGCUUAACUGAAUCUUGGCACAGGUCCAGAAAGUUGAAUUAGCUAUUGCCAACUUUCAUCAACUGUAGCAUAGAUGAGAUCCCCGUCUAUCAACUAAAAAGCGUCUUACAGCGCAACAGUCUCCUUUCUACUUGAUGGGUAUGAAACAUGGCCAUUAAAAAUAGAUGAUAGUCGUGCGUUAUUAGUAUUGAGUCAUAGAUGUCUUUGAAGUGUCAUCUGUGUUCCAGGACAACUGAGCAAGCAAUUCCAGAUUUAAGGAUAUAGUACUAGGUAAAUAUGGCCAAUUGAUUAACAAGGCAGCAAAAAUUCAUCAACUGAUGUUGUUGAGACAUGUGUUAGGUAGGUAGGGGUAGGUUGAAAGAAAACUAGAGGAGGCAUUAUAAGGAUGCAACAUCAGUUCAUGGAGUCAUAGACAAGUGGAUUAAGCAAUGUUUACACGUAUAGACUAUCUGGUCGGGUUGUACGUGAGUAUCAUAACCAGUGGUUGGAGACGUGGAAUGACAUGGCUGAAAAUCGGUUGUAAUGGCACAGGUGGAUCCAUUCUUUGUCUUCCUCCAGAUCCUAAACUUAUGAAUUCCUCAUAGUUUCGUGUAUUUCACUAAUUUAUAUUUUCUUGGAUCGUAUCUUUAAUGUGUAAUCUUUUUUACUACCAUUAAUACUGCUCUAUAAAUAGCCCUAAUAAUUUCAUAUCGCUGUGCUGAUUAUGUAUGAAAGUGUAAACCAAUGUACAUAUGUACGAGGUUCUACGUUUUGUUUGACUGACUGCAUAAGGAAGUAGGUUGGGUAGAAAUUUCACCCCGGACACGUUGACCGAGCGCUAAGUGGUCAAACCAAUAACCUACUGCUCAACUGAGUUAUUACUUGUUAUCAGUAAUAAUGUAAACUUCGUGAAUUUUGACAGUGCUUAAAUGUGCCGGAUAAUUAUAAAUACGAUUUAUAUCAUUAUAUAUGUUGUAUAUUUCAUAGUUUUUUUGUAAAUAAUUUGAUACUGCUGACUUACUACAAUCCAAAUGAUAUAUAACCAUGAAGACCGUCAAUAUUUCUCGGAAACUGAUAUAUGGCAUAAGCAUCAUUCCCGACUCAGCUAUUUAGUUUCGGGACAGUACAAGGUCAUCAGACAUCAUGUACAUACAAUUUAGCUAGUUUUACGUAGCCUUUUUAAACACUAGGAAUGUCAGAAAAUAAGUAGUUUUGAAAUGUAGGAUUUAACCUUUAUAAAAGCUGGUGGUUUGUGUUGAUGAGAUGAAUAGUGAACCUAACUUGAGUCCUGUCUCCCACAUUUUCUGCGCUACCAACCUAUAAACAAGUGAUUUAUUAUGCUUAGUAUGUUAAGGUAGUUCUGCUGUUAGUUUAUUCCCUUUUAAAAGGAUUUGUAAUGAGAAUGGAAGAAAAACUCGAAUGUAUGCACUAGUCCAUAACUUUGAGCUAGAUUAGCUAACUUAUUGUAAACAUCAUACAGAUACUACUCGACAGCACUAAUCACAACUAUGUGCACCAAUCGAUUCAAAUGAUCGUUAUAUUAUGUUGUAAUGUUUUUGUUAAACAUGUUCUUUUAUCUCACUACAGAUCCAAAGCAUGCAGAAGUACAAUCCUUGAUGCACGUUAACUUACCAUUUGAUUAAUUGCAUUUGUGAAUACGGUUUCUAUCUAUCAACGUCAUUGUUUCAAAAUCAAAAAUCC